AUGGCUUCUGGUGACCUUGAACGUGCCAAAUCUCUACAGGAACAGUUGAAGAAAGCUGUUGAAGCUUUUACAGCUGAAGGACCCUGGGUCCCCGCUUUAAAAGCUGGGAUGGAAAUUGUAACGGGAAUAAGGUUCGGUCCCCCGGCAUUACCUCAAAGACCAAUUUCUGAAGCGGCAAGAAAAAGAAUUGAAGAAAAACUUAGGAUUUUGAAACUUAUAAAUUGA